AAUUUUUAACUUAUACAAUAACUUAUCUUGUUUUAUUAUUGUUACUUUUUAGUUUGUGGUAGUAGUACUGCUGAUGAGGGGCAUGCUAGCCCGAAACACUUGUAAUAUGUGUACAGAAACUAUUACUACAGAAAAAAAGUCGACAGAAAUUUCAUUUUACUCUGUUGAUAACCCACGACUGUUUGCGUCCGAGAAGACAGAGAGGGUGAAGAUUGUGUUGUCCUUUCAGCCGUACGACAAAAUGCAUGCAAGCAUUUGGAAUUCUCGUCCACACAGGCAGAAAGAAAAAAAACAGAAGGAAGAUUUUAACGAAGCGGAAGAGGAGACUUCUCGGGUAACAUUUGAUGAUGUAUCGAAUUCUCGUUCUCGUGGGCUGUGGUAAUUUUAAUUAAAAAACUUUUCAAGAAAUGAUCCAGUUUGUAUAACUUAGUUCUGCAAUGAAAGCUGUAAAAUAGGAAAACCGAAGGGAAGUUAAUUCUUCAUAAAAUACAUUUAUACCUAAUUUUCUUAUUUUUAAAAUUUACAGAUAAAACUAAUUUGAAUUUAUUUCAUACGUAUAAAUAUAUUGUUCCUAAAUAAGAAACAUCAAUUUUGAAUUCGUUUCAUUUUCAGGUUUUAAACCGAGUCGUAAUUUUAUCGCCUGAAAUGAAUGUCCAAGGAAAAAUUUCUAAAAUUACUAGUUUAAUUUUGAAAUAUUUAAAUUUAACUUAGAAUAUAAUGUAUAACGAUAUUCUCGUAUCUGAUUUUAUUCGGGACUUUUUUCUUACUUUCAGAUUCACUACCCGCCAAUCAAAAACAUUCCUGUUUACUACUAAAUGAAGAAUAGUUUCCAGGAAAGCACAAGAAUAGUCGAUGGAUGUGUUGGACUUCUGUCGUUAACGGAACACUAAAAUUGAAGCCAGUGUUGUGAAAUCAUUACAAGAAUAUAUCAACAAGGAAAACAUCGUUCAUGCGAGUGAAGAAG